CCGCGCACGGACUCUUCCUAGCGUCUCAUUGCCAUGGCUGCCCGUGGCUGCGUCGCUCCGGCAGGCGAGGGUCUGCGUUACGCGGAGUACUCCCCGCCCGCGACCAAAAGGUCCGACGCGGACAUCGACCACGGACUGGCAGGAAGUGUGAUAGCUGUCGGACUAGGUGUUGCAGCUCUUGCCUUUGCAGGUCGCUAUGCAUUCCAGAUCUGGAAACCUCUAGAACAAGUAAUCACAGAAACAGCGAAGAAGAUUUCCACUCCUAGCCUUUCAUCCUACUAUAAAGGAGGAUUUGAACAGAAAAUGAGUAGGCGAGAAGCUAGUCUUAUUUUGGGUAUAAGCCCAUCUGCUGGCAAAGCCAAGAUUAGAACAGCUCAUAGGAGAAUUAUGAUUUUGAAUCACCCAGAUAAAGGUGGAUCUCCUUACUUAGCCACCAAAAUAAAUGAAGCAAAAGACUUGCUGGAAGCAACCACCAAACAUUGAUUGAUGGCCAAGAACCACUCAGAAGGAAGAGAAGGGGGAAUUUAAACUAAGAAAGUCCUGCAAAUUAAUCUAAACCAUGACCUUCAUACUUUUCAUACAUGUAUUGAGCCACAGUCAUUUAUUCCACUUUUAAGGUAUAUAAUAAUAAAAGAUUAAUAAUCUAUCUAUUUAUUAUCUUUUAAAGGAACACUUUAAAAUUGUAUAACUAAUCUUUGCUUAUUUUUCUCCUUUCUCGGUGAUAGUUUAUACAUUUUAAGAUUUUUGUUCAUUAGUUGUAAGAUCCCCCGCUCCCCUCCCUUCCUUACUCAGUUACAUCGUCACUGGGAUUUGUGAGCAGUAAGUAGAAAUUGUCUUACUGCUUCUAUUUAUAUUCACGUUGUCCCUUGUUUCCUCAGAGGACUUUAGUUCUCUGCCUAUGAAGGUGCUUUACAUGUUUUAAGAUCAAACACUGACUACCUCCCAUGGGUAAAUGAUUGGAAACCCAAUCGAAUUUACUAAGUGGUGUUUUGUAAAGUAGUGGUUAGGACUUGUUAAAGAACUCUGUUCUCUCUGAGACCCUGGAAGUGAAGCAUGAGAACUUGGAGAGCUACUAAAAUGAUUAAAGAUUUGCAAAAUGAGCCCUGUGAGGAAAGUCUGAAAAGAGGUAGGAGAAGUCUGAGGAAUUCGUCUUUAAUUAUAGCCUUCCAGUACUGUAUAUUUAUUCAAUUAUUUAUUCUGCAAAUAUUUAUUGACCACCUAUAAUGUGAAGGCACUAUAGCGGGUCCUCUGAGAGUUACAGGUGUGAACUAACCAUGGACCUUGACCCCCCUAAAAAUUGUAUUUAGAGGAUAGAUAAAUGACAGGAACACUCUUAGCGAAGUACAAGUGAUAUGCUAAAGAGAUUCAAAGAAGAAAAGAGUAUUUUAAGCCGAGAGCAUAAGGAGGCGCCUCUGAAAAUAAGUGGCAUGAGUUGGGCUUUAAAUACAAUUAAUAAGAAAUACACCGUAUGAUUGGUGAGUCAGUGUUGUUUCCCUUGAGAUCUGUCACAAUGAGCAGAAAUAGGAUUUGUUAGUGUGAUUUCAGUACCGUGUUUCUCAAAAGCAAUAGAUGGACACAUGAUCUUGAAUGGCCAGCCCUGUAACUUGCACUGCAGGGAACUGUUAUCUCAGCCCCCAGGCAUCACCACUUUGCUAUCCCAAAGUGGACAAAAACGGAUUCAGAUACAGGGUACCAGCAAUAUUUUCCUGUACUCCUUUAUAAAUCCUGGGUCAUCCCAGGUAAACUGAGCCACUAUAUUUCAUCUAUCUUAAAAUCUAUUUUAAUAUUCUAGAUGCAUCUCUCAAAUUUAUGACGUCCUAUAGUUUGAAUAGCUCAGUAUUCACAAUGUUGACAUCUUGAGCUGAGUAAUUCCUCUCUGUGGGGAGCUCUCCUGUGCAUUGUGGGGUGAUUAGCAGCAUCCCUGCCCAUGCCCCCUAAAGGCCAGUAGCACCCCCUCAGUGUGACAACCGAAAAUGUUUGCAGACAUUGCCAAAUGUUCCUUGGAGGGAAAAUCGCUCCUGGUUGAGGGCUACUGCUGUAAAUUCUAAGUAUUUUUUCCUUUUGGUACAUAAAAUAAUGACCUCACUGAAAAUCAGUUGUAUCUUAGGGUCACCAAAAUAUGGUUCUCGCUUUAAAGUCCCCCAUGGAUGUCCUAAUUUUUUUGUGCAUUAAUGUUUUUCAUUUUUCUGGUCAUUGUUAUCCCUGUCCCUUGAAUGCACUAAUCCCCACAUCUCCACCUGCCAAAAGCUAGGGAUAGUCAAGGUAUCCCUCUCUUUCUAAAAUGUAUCCCUCUCUUUCUGGAGUUUCCACCAAAAGUAGUAUCGUGAAUUGUCAGUCCUCUGAGAGCAGGGACCUUAUCUAUCUGUUCACUGCUGCAUUGGCACUCAAAAUAAAUAUUUGUUGGAUGAAUGAAUAAAUUCCCAUAGCACUUUAUUCCUCACUUAUGAUAGUUACAACCUGGUACCUUGUGGAAAAAAGCUCUUUGUGUAACAUGCCUUAUUUCUCUUACUAAAAUGCAAGAACCCUUAGAGCAAGAAUCUUGUCAUUCAUCUUUGUAACCUCUUUUUUGUAUGGGGCACUUGCAUGCAGCGGAUACGAAGUUGUAAGCACUAAGAGUAUGUUGUUUUCCAAAUAGUAUGUUUUAAAAAAUGUUACCACUAAUUUAAAAAGUUAUCCUAAGGAGUACUGGAGUGUUCUUGGGCCAUACAUUUUAAUUGACAUUAUAUUUUCUGAUCUAUACUGUA